UUUAAAUGAGGAAACCCCUUCCUCCUGCGCACAGGUGCACAGAACCGCGCUCUUCAUCAGAUACGGUCGCGACAUUGCGAUUUCCCACGUACGACUUUACCAUGGGAUUUCGGACUGUCUUCGUGCUUGUGCUGGUUUGUGCCCUGGUGUUGGAGACGGGUGCGUGGUCCCGGAGACGGUCGUGGUAUCGGCGCCGUCGGAGUUACUAUACCCGCAGGCGCUCCAUCAGCGUUCCCGUGUACGCGUCUUGCCGGGCACCCUACACCGCACCUGGCACGAUCAUGUACAACUGCUACCCGCCGUACGUGCAUGGGGAGGCCUGCUGGUGGAGGUGUCCGUCCGGGUACAGGUACCAGUCCGGCAGCCCUUACCGACAGUGCAGAAAUGGACAGUGGACCGGGACUAUCAUGUUCUGCAUAUAUGAUGUCGUCCAAGCCCUGCUCGGCAAGUAGGCCAGCAUGAUGCGCGAGGAUUGAUGGGAAGUCCCCCGCACCAUUGCCGAGUCUACAGAGGACAAAUCCCGAUGACUCGGCCACAAAGUAGAGUGACCUGAUGAGACAAAGCAGAUUUUUCACAACCCAAUGAGAAAUUUAAUACUCUCAUAAAGUCUGUUAAGUGAUGUAGUUAUCACCACAUUCGUUAAUUGUGAAUGUCCGUAGCACUUACUCGUAGCUAUGUACUAAGUAUCUAGUCAAUAGCAUCGGUGAAUUAAGAGCGAUUGUUGUUCAAAGAAACUGAAACGCUUGCACAAAUAUUUUUUUUAAUCGAAUCAAAGAGUAACUAACUUGAGGAUGAAAUAUGGGAUUUAUUGUUGGAUAAAAUCGGCAGAAAUGUUGUAUUCAAAAUCAAUUGAGUGGAGUCUUGGCAGGUAAUAGUAAUUCUAGUACUUUUAUGCAGGAUGAUAUAGAGUUGAUAGGAAAAAUUGAGGCAAUGUACUUAAUUUUAUCUUUCUCGAAUAAAGCUGUGGUAAUGG